AGCCUCUUUGCAAAAAAAAAAAUCUGCAGCGACGGCGACAGUUCCUCGUUUUGCGUUGACCUAUAUCACUACAUACCCUCACUUGUAGGAGCAAGAGGCUGCUUUUUGCAGUGUUGCACAAUGUCAGUGGUUUUAGAUGUCCAACCCGACACUGACUAUGAGCCCUCUGAAGCCGAGAUGAUCGAGUACGGCAAAUGGCUCGGUAUGGAGAUGCCUCAAGACAUGCCGCUAUUGUGGAUCGCACGCGAGGGACUCAAAGCACCUCUGCCUGACAACUGGAAGGCGUGCAAGAGCGAGAAAGGUGAACUUUAUUAUUUCAAUUUCAAAACCGGCCAGAGUAUUUGGGAUCAUCCUUCGGAUGAGCAUUACCGAGAAUUACUCAGUGCCGAGAAGGCAAAAUUGAAUGCGAAAGGCAACGAAAAAAAACAAGCUGAUAACGCUGCAGCAACUGACGCUCCAUCAGGCAAGAGAGGGAAAUCGUCAAAAAAGAAGAAGUCGAAGAGCAGAGACGCGGAAGCGUCGGAAACAAAAGCAAGCGCGCAGGACGAGAAGAAAAUCACUUCAACGGUGCAGCAAGUGCAAACCGCACCGUUGGUGCAAACGAUUCAGCCAAAAAAGGAUGCGCCCGGUCCGAUAAAACUUGCAAGUCUAGGGGCCGACGUUCUUAAAGGCGAAAAAAAUAGUGCAGGACAUAUGGGCUCUCCCGAGUUCCCAUCACCAACCUCACAAGACGAUUCUCCGUUAGCGUCCGAACUUCAUAAACCGCCAAAAGCCGAUGAGCCAGAUGCAAUUCCUCUCCCGACCAAGGUCGUGGCUGGAGGCGGUGUUAACGGUCUUCGAGCACUUGAUAAGCUUGGCAGAUCUUCCUCGACGGCUUCUUCCGAUGCAGCAAUGAAAGCGGCUGGCGUCUCUCUAGCAAAGGAGCAAAAAGGAAAAUCAGAUCUGCAGGUUGCGAAGGAGUUAGAGGCGUAUAAAACUGAACAGCAGAAAGCUCUUCAGGCGAAAGCAGAUGGGCAGCUCGCGAAGGACCUCGAGAUUUACAAGGCGGAGCGAAACAGCAGCCUGCGCGCAAAAAUAGACCAGGACGUGGAGAAAGAGCUUGACACAUACAAGGCUGAGCAGGAGAAUCUUCUCUCUCGUCGAAAACAAGAAAUCGACGGCAACGCAGCAGAGGAGGUGAGACGCUACGAAGAGCAGGCGAACGCUGAAAAGGAGAAGCGACGCAAGGCCAGCGAACGCGAAUUAGCAACAGCUGUGGAAGGAGAUUCGGAGCGACUCAAGAAGGAGUUGGAAGAAAAACUGAAUGAGUUACGUCAGAAGUACGAGGCGAAACGUACCACCGAAUCGGAGCGUCUUCGUGGAAAGCUCAACGCUCAACUCGAUCACGAUAAGCGAAAGGUCGAGGCAGAAGUGGCGCAGAUGCUCGAAACGUUUACGCGAGAAAAACGCCAAGAGUCGGAAAUUAAAAAAGAGGCGCAAUCUCAAGCUCUUCAGGAGGCGAGCAAAUACAUGUCGGAUCUGAAGCAAUGCGCAGCUUCAUUUUUGCGACAGUAUGAGGAAGCGCUAUCCAAAUUCGCUAAAGCAGUCCAGAAUUCCAAAACGGUUUUUGAUCAGAUAGAUGCUCAGAAGCAGAUGGAGUUGCAGAAUGAUUUGGCGGCCAAGCUCACUGAAAUGACCCGCGAUCACGAGGAGCAGGUCGAGCAAGAAAAGCAGCGGAUGAAAGCACAACUCGAAUCUCUCAAAAAGGACUACAUCAGCGAAGUCGACUCUCUCAAACAGUCUCACCAGCAAGAACUGCAAAAGCUUCGCGACAGCUUUGAUGAGCAGCGAAAUCAAAGCCAACAAGAGCAGGUCUCGAAAGAGCACCAAAGAUUUAUGGAGACACUUGCAGAUAUUAAAGAAGCUCAGGCGAAAGAGCUGAACGAGUUGAAGCGGCAGUUAAAGGAAAAAGCACAGGAAGAACUAAAUGAAAUUGUGCAGGAACUGGCAAAAGAGAAGCAAUCACACCGGUCCAACGGCAGCAAUGCUAGGGAUUCUGUUUCGCAUGAACCAGCUCCAAGAAUGCUCAAGAGCUCGUCCCAGAGUGUCACUGAUGAGGAGGAGAGCUCCGAGAGAGCAAAGCUGUCGCCGCCGCGUCUCAACAGUAAACUGCUUGCGCACCCCUUGCGAGAUGAGAGCGCGGCUGCAACACCUGCCGCACAAUCGCAGCAUCAGGAUAUCAAGACGCUCAUAACAGAGGCUCUUCGUGAGGUAUUUGCUGGCUCUCCCUUCAUUCUUUCUUCACCCGGCCAGGGCGGAGAGUCGCAGACUGCGCCACUAACGCCAGCAACACCACCAACGCCGGCGGCCAGCAGUUCCUCUGCAGCCGCAAAAGCCUCCCCAGAGCUCCGUUCUCCGAACGCCUUUUCCACUCAAGCAGCUUCAUUGAGUGGGAAUCGGAACAAGUCUGGGGGUGUGUUGAGUUUACCGCUGUCGUUUCAGGAGCAACACAACUUGGUAGAGAGCGAGCGACGGCGUCUACAGGAGGGUAGGAAGUACGUCGAACUGCAGCAACAAAACCUUGAUGAGCGACGACAGCAGCUGAAACGCACGCGUCACCAGUGGAAACAAGAUGUACUCACUGCAAAGGCGGAAGGGAUUCGUUCCUCUUCCAAGCGCGGGCAGCUUCUCAAUAAGGUGCGCCUCUCCUUGGAGGAGCAGGCUCGUGGACUUGAGCAUGACUUACUGAUUCUUCGGGAUUCUCAGGUUUGGCUUUUGUCAAAAGAGCAACGCCUCAUGGCGCUGGAGCGCCAAAUAGAGGAGCAGGAGCGGCUAAAAAACCGCAGCGGAGGAGAUGCUUCAACCUUGAAUAACAUAAGUGUAGACACAGCUGCACUGAUGACAGGGUACUUUAAGCCGCAACGACACAGCAUUGUGACAGCUGAUACGCCAGUGUAUCGUGAUGCGAUUCGACGCGGGUCUCUCGAAGGUACAUCGCUUCCUUUCGCUGACAAUUGUGCGACGAGUCCGGUCUUGACAAAAGCGUUGAGUCGCAUCGAAAAGUGUCUUGACGAAGUAACUUCCAUCAUUCACCAACAGCAGCAGCAGCAGCAGCAAACCUCUCUGCAGGCACUUGGGACACCACAAAGUCACGGCAGCCGUCGUCACAGCACUGUCUCACCAAUGCUUCGCGAUGCUACACAGGGUCGUGCGCGGCGUUCUUCACACAGCCAAGCGAAAUCCGAAAUACUGCGACGCGAGUCGCACCUUGACCAAUGGCAAGGCACAGUGAAUUAA